GAGCCCUGGCUGUUGCCAGGGAGCAGUGGGCCAUGCCGGGGGCAGUGGAAGGCCCCAGCUGGAAGCAGGCAGAGGACAUUAGGGACAUCUAUGACUUCCGAGAUGUUCUGGGCACGGGGGCAUUCUCAGAGGUCAUCCUGGCAGAAGAUAAGAGGACUCAGAAGCUGGUGGCCAUCAAAUGCAUUGCCAAGAAGGCCCUGGAGGGCAAAGAGGGCAGCAUGGAGAACGAGAUCGCUGUCCUGCACAAGAUCAAGCACCCCAACAUCGUGGCCUUGGAUGACAUCUAUGAGAGUGGCGGCCACCUCUACCUUAUCAUGCAGCUGGUGUCAGGUGGGGAGCUGUUCGACCGCAUUGUAGAAAAAGGCUUCUACACGGAGCGGGAUGCCAGCCGCCUCAUCUUGCAGGUGCUGGAUGCUGUCAAGUACCUGCACGACCUGGGCAUUGUACACCGGGACCUCAAGCCAGAGAAUCUGCUCUACUACAGCCUGGAUGAAGACUCCAAGAUCAUGAUAUCAGACUUUGGCCUUUCCAAGAUGGAAGAUCCAGGCAGCGUGCUCUCCACAGCCUGUGGGACCCCUGGCUACGUGGCCCCUGAGGUGCUGGCCCAGAAACCCUACAGCAAGGCUGUGGACUGCUGGUCCAUUGGGGUCAUCGCCUAUAUCCUGCUCUGCGGUUACCCCCCCUUCUAUGACGAGAAUGAUGCCAAACUCUUUGAACAGAUUUUGAAGGCCGAGUACGAGUUUGACUCUCCUUACUGGGACGACAUCUCUGAUUCUGCCAAAGAUUUCAUCCGGCACUUGAUGGAGAAGGAUCCAGAGAAGAGGUUCACCUGUGAGCAGGCCUUGCAGCACCCAUGGAUCGCAGGAGAUACAGCUCUCGAUAAGAACAUCCACCAGUCUGUGAGCGAGCAGAUCAAGAAGAACUUUGCCAAGAGCAAGUGGAAGCAAGCCUUCAAUGCUACAGCUGUGGUGCGGCACAUGCGGAAGCUGCAGCUGGGCAUGAGCCAGGAGGGGCAGGGACAGCUGGCGAGCCAUGGGGAGCUGCUGACACCCCCAGCUGGAGGGCCGGCAGCAGGCUACUGCUGUCGAGACUGCUGUGUGGAGCCAGGCCCGGAGCUGUCCCCGACACUGCCGCCCCAGCUCUAGGGCCCUGGUCUCUGUCAGGGUUUCCUCCAUGGGAAGGGCUGGGGGCAGCCUGCUCCCCUUCCCUCCCUGAACUGGGGAGCCACCUUGCCCCAUGUCCUCCUCACCCAC